UGCUGCUCAUCUCUCUCUUCUCUCUCUAUAAGCAAAAGAGAAAAAGGACCAUAGAAAAUUAGUGGGUCAAGAAAAUUUUCCAACAAAAAUAAAAACAUCAAAUCUUUGUUCAAUUCCAACAUCAAUGGCUGUCCAAGCACAACACCACCCAUCAAAUCUUCUUCUCCUAAACAGAAACAUACAACCUGAGAAAAACCCACUUGGAAUCCUUGAUCAAUCACAUAUGAUAUUCACCAAUGGAGUGGAGAUUAAUCAACGGAAGAGAAACAGAGAAGUUUAUACAGGAAUUGAACAAAUCAAUUCGUUUCCUUUUCAAACUCAACCGUCUCAAUUCAUCGAUCUGACUCAACUUCAUAAUUCUCGGCCGAAUGUCUCCACCGGACUCCGACUUACCUUCAACGACCAGAACCCAGAUGAUUUUACAACCCAAAUUCAUCAGCAAACCCUAGAAAUCGACCAGUUCUUACAAACCCAGCACGAACAACUUAGACGGAUAUUAGAGGAAAAGAGGAAGAGACAUUACCGACACUUAUUAGCGGCGGCUGAGGAAACGGUUGCAAAGAGACUAAGAGAAAAGGAGGCGGAGAAGGAUAAAGCAGUUAGGAGAAACGCCGAGUUAGAGGCAAUGGCGGCGCGUUUGAUAGGAGAGGCGGAAACGUGGCAAGCUAGGGCUAGGGCUCGUGAAUCGGAGGCUGCGUGUCUGAAAAUUCAGGUUCAAAAAGCGAUAAUGACGGCGACUGAGGAUGCAGAAUCAUCGUAUGUGGAUCCAGACCGAGUGGAGGAGAAUAAUGUUGUGGCGAGAUGUAAAGCGUGUGGUGAAAGUGUUUCGUCGGUUGUUUGUUUGCCUUGUCGACAUUUUUGUUUGUGUCGAGAAUGCGAUUCGGUGGCUCGGGUUUGUCCAGUUUGUUUUUCUCUUAAAAGCUCGAGUGUCGAAGUUUAUUUCAACUAGAAAAAAGUUUAAAUUAAGUUGUUUUAAGUGAGAAUCAAAUUAAU